GAAAAUUCCCACUUGUGUGCUCUAAUAAUGAGAUCUUCACUCAUUAUUUCUCUAUGCCUUCUUGUAUCUGUGUUGUAUUUUGUUCCCCAUAGUGUUAGCUCUUCUCCUUUGAUUUUCCUCCCAGGAAGAAGACCCAUCAGAGAAUUGAGAUUCUCAUCCUCCAUUCAACCAGGCUCACGCCACAAAAUCAAGAUUGAUGGAGAGAUGAAGAGAACCACAAACCAAGACAGAUCCGAUUCAACUUCCACGGAAAUGAAACGUGCAAGCAGAAACGGCGUCGCAGAUGAGCUUCUGUACCACAUAGAUUAUCAUGGGGUGACAACCCAUCCAACCCCGACUCCCAAACAUCCCAGACCAUAGUCCCACCUUUAAAAGUAUUAUUUAAUUACAUGGUGGAAUGAUUAUGUACACAUCUCCUGUAUUACUGCUCAGUAAUUUAUAGAAAUAUUACAAUGACUCGCUUAAUAAAAUAAGUAGUUUUCAAUUCAU